AUGAAAAUGGAAAUCCACAAGUUCCAAGAGGAACUAGUGGAGCGGGCAGAGUUGGAAAGCCAACUCAACAACAUGAAGGAGUUGGUGGCAAAAUUAAAGGAGGAGAGAGACACCUUUGCGGAGGACCUGAGGCUGGAGAGCUCCACGGGGAAGGAGAAAGUCCAGCAGCUGCUAGAGCAGGUGAGCCAGCUGAGAGAGGAGAAGGAGCAAGGGGUGAGGCAGGUGUUGGAGUUGGAGAGCAAGCUGGUGGAGCUGAGAGAGCAGCUGUCAGAGCUGCGGCCCCCAGAGCCGCCUGCAGGGCCAGCUCAGGCUGAGCAGCAGCUGCAGGCCCACACCCUGCAGUUGCAGAAGGAGCUCAAGACCCUGGAGGAGCAACUUCACCUCCAGGUGGAGGAGAACCAGAGCCUCAGUCUCCAGAACCUGGAGCAGCAGCAGCGGCUGUGGAUACUGGAAAAGAAGGCUGAGGAAUGGGCACAGCAUGCCGAGGACCGGCGCAAGAUCCUGGAGACCAUGGAGAAGGAACAGGAGACCUUGAAACGCACGCUGGUGCACAACCGCCAGCUGAAAGAAGAGCUGGCCCAGCUGCAGGAUGCCUUGCAGAGGCUGAGCGCUGAGAAGGGGGAGCUCGCCAGCAUCCUGCACACAGAGCAGCAGGAGAAGACAACCCUGCAGGCGAAGCUGGAUAAGCUGGAGGAGGAAUUCAAAGAAGGAAAAGACGUGGCAGAGUUCAAGCGCCAAGCAGCUGAGGAUCUGCAGGAGCUGCAUGACAAGUACCUGGCCCAGGUGCAGGAGCUGAGCGCCACCUGCAAACAGCACAAGGCCACCGGCCAGCAGCUGAUGUCAGAGAAGGAGGCCCUGCAGCAGCACCUGCUGAAUCAGAGCCAUCUGCUGGACCAGCUGAAGCAGGAGCAGGUGCAGAGCAAGUUGCUGGCACAGAUGGAAAGGGAGAAGUUAGAGGACACUCUGAAGUGUCUGGAAGCAACAAGACAGGAGAGUGCCCAGCUGCAGGCCCAGCUAAGCACCCUGGCUUUCCCCAGGGAAGAUGAAGGCCUGAUCCAAGACGAAGACAAGGGUGAGGAGGCGACUCCCCAUGAUAUGACUGUCCCAGAGGACAUAGACAACCCGCAGAGCAUGUGGGAUUUUUACGUGGACGCACUGUCCAUCGCAGAAGGCAGGAAGGCGAGGAUGAGCCGGCAGCUGCAGGAGCAGCAGGCCCGCUGCGGGUGCCUGAGUCAGCUGGCAGCCCAGUGCCAGAGAAAGAUGGAGAGCCAGGCCACCUUCCCCCAGCGCUGCAUCCACAGGCUGUUCGCCAAGAAGAAGCAGGACACACAGGCGCCCAAGAAGCAGCUGCACAUCUGCUUCCCCGAAGACCUGGCGGGCAAGGGGCACCCCCAGAGUCACGUGGAUGACCUCCACCAUCGCUGCAGCCAGCUGACCCAACACCUGACCACCAUGGAAGAGACCAUCGUGCUGUACAAGGAACAGCUAGAAGUCCUGGAGAAACUGUGUCAGGAGAAAGAGCAGUGUGUGAGCCAGCUGUCCCAGGAGAAGAGGAGGAAGAGGAAGGAGCUGAAGGAGCUGCUGCUGCGCCUUGCAGGAGAGAGCACAGAGUGCCAGGACAUGAUGCUGGCAGCCGCCCAGACCCCUGCUGCCGAGGCCCCCUCAGACCUCUCAGUCCCACUGAAGACCAAGUUCAGGGAGAAGCAGCAAGGCUGUGAAGAUAUGCAUCUUCAAGAAAACUUGAAGCCUGUCCCUGGAGAGGCUGGGGCCCCUGGGCCACUGGAGAACCCCACUGCAGAGCCUCCUGUGCCGCUGCUGCCUGCCAUCCAGCCCCAGCAAGAGCCCACAGACGGGGGCGAAGAGUCCUGCCUCCCUUUCUUCUAUAAGCCACAAGCAGAUGAUGUAUUUGAAAUCAUCACCAUCUAA